UAUUUUUUUUAUUGACAUAUGGACUUAUGUUCCAUUCUAAUAUAAAAAGAAAAGAACAUCAAAUAAAACAAUGAUAAAACAAGAUUAUAUCUUCCUUCUGCGCCCUCCAAUUGCAUACCCAAUUCUCCUCUGUUCUGCUCUGUUCUGCUCUGUUCUGCUUUCAAUGGUGCGCACGAAAAAGCUCAGUUCCCUAAUUGGACUCAUCAAAGACAAAGCCUCUCAAAGCAAAGCUGCCCUUCUCGCCAAGCCCAACAUCGUCUCCUUCCAGCUCGCUCUCCUCCGAGCCACUACGCACGACCCACACGCGCCGCCCACUCACAAGGACCUCUCUGUUCUUCUCUCUCUUGGCAAAACCUCACGCGCCACCGCUGCUGCUGCCCUUGAAGUCUUAAUGGACCGUCUCCAGAGUACCCAAAACUCCGCUGUCGCCCUCAAGUGCCUAAUCGCCAUCCACCACAUCAUCAAGAACGGCGACUUCAUUCUACAAGACCAGCUCUCUGUUUUUCCCUUCACCGGCGGUAGAAAUUACCUUAAACUCUCCGAUUUCCGCGACAGUUCCAAUCCGAUUUCUUGGGAGCUUUCCUCUUGGGUUCGAUGGUACGCCCAAUACAUCGAAACGGUUUUGUGUAUUUCCCGAAUUUUGGGGUUUUUUUUUGUGGGUUCUUCGAGUUCAAAUGCAGAGAGGGAGAAAAAAACAGAGCAGAUUUCGGGCUUUUUUAACUCCGAUUUGCUUAAAGAAACCGAAUCUCUUAUGGGUUUGAUCGAAGAAGUCUCGAAAAUCCCUCACUGUUUGCAUCUGAAUGGAAACGGAUUAGUGGAUAAGAUCUACGCCUUUGUCGGUGAGGAUUACUUGUCGGCUACGAAGGAAAUUUCAACCCGAGUUACUGAGUUUCGGCAGCGACUCGGUUGCCUGAGCUUCGGCGAAUCGGUGGAGUUGGUUUGCGCGUUGAAACGGCUGGAGGAUUGCAAAGAAAAGCAAUCGAGGGGUAUUUCUGGAAAUCACGAAAUUUUAUUGAAGGGAUUUUGGGGUUCCAUUAGAGAGAUCAGGAAUUUGAUUGGGGAGUCCAAGGAUCAUCGGGAGACCGGUAAAUUGGACCGGACGAAGAGCAGGAUGAGCGACUCGGGCCGGUUUAUGGACCAGGAUAACGCUAAACUUUAUCGCCACUCGGUUCGGUUCGGUUCGGAGCGGUUUGAUUUCACCUGUAAAGGGAUUCCGGUUCUUGGUAUAACGGAAUCAUAUUUAUUGCUUAAAUGAUUGUAUUGUUUUGGAGA